UUCCCACACUCCUGCCAGUGCCGCCCCACUGCCCUGAGCGAGGCUUUCUCCCCAUGCCAGGCUCUCUCCAGCGCCAUACACAGCUGCCCCUGCCCUUCUGACACUGCCUCCCCACUGGGGCGAGCUGGGAUCGUGCCCCCUGAGCCGGGCUCGCUCCAGCCGUCCCGCGCCGUUGGAAGCGCCUCUGCAGACGGCAAGGUUGUCCGGUGAUUUCGGACAUGGCCUCGGAGGCGGUGAAGGUCAUAGUGCGCUGCCGGCCCAUGAACGAGCGAGAGAAGGCGCUUAGCUGCCAGGCCGUGGUCGGCAUGGACAGCCCCCGGGGCCAGUGCUUUAUCCAGAACCCGGGGGCCACUGACGAGCCCCCGAAGCAGUUCACCUUCGACGGGGCGUACUAUGAGAGCCACAACACUGAACAGAUCUACAAUGAAAUUGCCUACCCGCUGGUAGAGGGUGUUACUGAGGGCUACAAUGGCACCAUUUUUGCCUAUGGCCAGACUGGCAGUGGGAAGUCAUUUACCAUGCAGGGCAUUGUGGACCCUCCUACACAGAAAGGCAUAAUUCCCAGAGCAUUUGAACACGUUUUUGAGAGCGUACAGUGUGCUGAAAACACCAAAUUCUUGGUGAGAGUCUCUUACCUGGAGAUCUACAAUGAAGACAUAAGAGAUUUGCUAGGAGCUGACACCAAGCAAAAGUUGGAGUUGAAGGAGCACCCAGAGAAGGGGGUGUAUGUGAAAGGACUCUCCCUGCACACCGUGCACAGCGUGGCCCAGUGCGAGCGCAUCAUGGAGACGGGUUGGAGAAACCGAGCAGUGGGCUACACCCUGAUGAACAAGGAUUCUUCCCGCUCCCACUCCAUCUUCACCAUCAACAUGGAGAUCUAUGCUGUAGAUGAGAGAGGGCAGGAUCACCUGAGGGCUGCAAAACUCAACCUGGUGGAUCUGGCUGGAAGCGAGAGGCAGUCCAAAACCGGAGCCACAGGGGAGCGUCUCAAAGAAGCCACCAAAAUUAAUCUCUCUCUCUCAGCUCUGGGCAAUGUCAUCUCAGCCCUGGUAGAUGGCAGGUGCAAACACAUCCCCUAUCGAGACUCAAAGCUGACCCGGUUGCUGCAGGACUCCCUUGGAGGAAACACCAAGACCCUCAUGGUGGCCUGCCUGUCUCCUGCUGAUAACAACUACGACGAGAGCCUCAGCACUUUGCGCUACGCCAACCGGGCAAAGAACAUCAAGAACAAGCCCCGUAUCAAUGAGGAUCCCAAAGAUGCUCUGCUGAGGGAGUAUCAGGAGGAGAUCAGGAAGCUGAAGGCCAUUUUGGCUGAACAGAUGAACACAAAUAACUUGUCAGGUCUGUUACCUGCUGAGACUGCUCAGCUGGAAGUGAAGCCAGCUCUCCUACCUGAACCCCAGCCAGAUGUCGAGCAGAGAAGCAGCUGA